AAGCAGUACGAAGAGAAAGUAAUGAUGCUGCAGCGUAAAAUUCGGGAUACUCGGCUCGAAAGAGAUCAAGUGCUUCAGAAUUUAGGUAUGCUUAAUGAAACAAAUGAAAUAAGGACAAGAUGACAGAAUCUCGAAGAAACCGAGAGAUUGCGCAGCUUAAAGACCAACAGAAACGAGACCAUCAAUUCAGGCUUUUGGAAGCUCAGAAAAGAAAUCAAGAAGUGGUUUCUUCGACGUAAAACCGAAGAGGUAACAGCUCUUCGGCCACAAGUAAGACCCAUGUCUGAUAGAGUAGCGGGGAAGGUUAGUCGAAAACCGAGUGCCCCUGAUUCUCCUGCUCAAGACCCGAGUUCCACUGUAGCUGCUGGAGACCCUGAUUCGACUAAGGCUGGAUCCUAACAGAAAAUGAGAAUUCCCGUUGCAAGAGUGCAAGCACUGCCAGCAACUGCAGCCAGUGGAACCAGGAAGAAAUACCUGAAAAGAGGAAUGACCCGUCGAGCGCUCACGUCAAAAACUGCCCGAAGUGGCAACGACUUGAACGUAGUGUCACAGAGAAUGACAACUUCUGGUAUGGAGACUGAUAUGAACAGGCUGCUAAAGCAACGUGAAGAACUCCCAGAAAGAAGAGAGAAACUUUCAGAAAGAAGGGAGCAGGCCAUCAAAGACAAUAGAGAUGGGGAUAAAAAUGUACAUAGCAUUAAUGAGGAGACAGAAUCACCAACUGCAAACAUCGAUUACAUCAAUGAUAGUGUUUCUGACUGUCAAGCCAGUAUCAUGCAGAUGGAGGAAGCAAAGCCUGAAAGGGAGACUAAAGGAACCCUUUCUUGGAUAAAGUAUAAUGGAGCUGCUCAUAACUCUAGUUACAGUAUCAAUAAACAGGCAAAUGUGCUUGAAAUAACUUCUUAAUUCUUGCCUUUCAAUUUUGCACAGCCGAAUCGUGACCAUACUGUGUGUUUUGCAGGAAGGUGAGACCCCCGAUGUCACUGCAAUGAUCAGUGCUUGCACUUUAACUUUGCACUUCUCGUUACCACCUAGACCAUUUCUCAUCAAUGGGCAUCAAUAUGAGAUUCAGUUUGUAGUGUUCAUUGGGAAGUGGGGGGUGAAUGUGAUUUUUUUAAUUCUGGAAAGCACCACAAAGCACAGUUUAUAAAUCUGAAACGGAUACUACCUGCACCCAAACCCUCCAAUCUAUUCCAGCGUUUCAUAAAA